GUUACUUCAUUGAUAAAAAACAAAAAAAACAAAAUAUGUGAAUUACUACGACUUCUAAAAUGAUGGUGUGAACUACAUACUUUUACCAGCCUGGGAUUCCCGUUUUUCUCAUUCUUGCCAUACUAUCAUAUAUAUUAUAGAUGUAUAUAACUACAUAUUAUAUUAUAUAGUGGUUAAAUCAGACAAAAGGCAUUUGCGGGACCCCGGCAUUUCUUGGGAAUGGGGGCAGGGGGUAGUCCUGGGACUGGGUACUAAAAAGACACUGCUGCGCCCUCUGCUGGCUAAUGAAGACAGAGUACAUUUUAAAGAUUUUUAACGCCCUUUAAAUUCCAAGAUGGCUCCCUGGAAACAGGACGCACACUUCCUUAGAAACAGAAAACUAAACUAAACGCCGCUGCGGAAAUGGUAUAACGCAUCAUCCACAUGUAAAGAGGUUCACUGUUUUUUUGGAAAACAGGCAAAGACCACAUUGAGACAGGUGAGGCAGCUUGUGAGUGAGAUAGUGCAGACAUUUCCACAGUGCAGGAGUGAUGCUGCAGAGCGGUGAUGAUGAGUUCAUCAGGGAGCUGUGCACAGCUAAUGGCUUGUGCUAUGAGAAGGUGACUCGGGACGGGAGCGUGGCCUCUUCUCUCGAGAUGCUGUUCUCUGGCUUCUCUCGCAUGGUGGGCCUCUCCCUGUUCCCCAGGCUGUGCCAGCUCACUGUGGUGGGCCAGGCUGUGGCUCUCAUUCAGGGCCUGGAGGCCUGCCCCCUGCUUCAGGAGCUCUGGGUGGCCGAAUGUCAAUUAACUGAGAUUUCUGGCCUCCAGACCUGCGUCCAACUGCAGAAACUCUACCUCUACGAUAACAAAAUCAGUAAGAUUGAAAACCUUGAUAAACUGGAAAACCUCGAGGUUUUAUGGCUCAGCAACAACUGCAUUGCUCUCAUUGAGGGGCUAGACACUCUUUGGAACCUGAGGGAGUUAAAUCUUGCUGACAACGCCAUUGAGAGAGUUGAACAUAGCCUGGACCCUAACAUCAAUCUACAAAAUCUCAAUCUUUCAGGAAAUAAAAUCAGCUCAUUGAAGGAGCUGACCAGCCUGGCAAGACUGCCUGCCCUGAAGGAGCUGGGCCUGAUGGACCCCCAGUACGGCACCAACCCCGUGUGCCUGCUGUGCAACUACGCCACCCACCUGCUUUACCACAUGCCCGGCCUGCAGCAACUUGACACGUACGACGUGUCCAGCAGGCUUCUCAAGGACACGGCCGAGGCCACUGUGAUGAAGAAGAUGAUGUACUACAAUAUGCGCGUGAAGCGGGUGCAGGGCCAGCUAGCUGAGACUGAGGCUCGGCUGCUGCAGCACAAGAAGCGACUGCUGCUGCUUCCGGAGAAGCAGAUUUGGCUCCUCAGUCACACCAUCAAGCACGUGGAGAGAGAGCUGGCAGAGGUGCAGGUCAUGCCUGGGACGUUGGCCCACCACCAGGAGGCCCCUUCGUCGCCACCCAAGCGCUCAGUUGACCGGAGCGCUGAGUUGAAGCUUCUGCAGAAGCUGGAUGCCCUGAAGGAGAGGCUAAGGUUGUGGAUGAGCCGACUAGAAGAAGUAGAGAUUCACCACCAGGCAGAGCUGUCCAUAGCUACCGAGAGGAAGAACCUGGUGGUGCAUUUCUUGGUGAUGGAGCUAGAAACUGUGGGGAACAUCCACUUUGAAGAGGGCAGUUCUACUGACCCAUGGUUCACAUCUUGCUGCGACCUCAUCCUGUCACGGUUCUGCACUCAGGAGCAAAAGGCACACGGUAUCGCCGGGGUCAAGGUCACCCGUGUCAUCAGAUUGCACAACCGUGCACUGCGUCUGCGCUUUGAAGACAAGUUGCAUGCACUAUUGGCAAACGAGGAUUCUGCAGAUUUCUCCCAGAACCCCAAACGAUGGCUCGACUAUCUCUUCUACCUGCCGGAUGGGGAGACAGACAAGCUCCUGCACAUCAUGGAAGACGGGUUCCCACCUGCGUGUGAGGCUGCGGGAAAGGACAGGGCUGUCGCAUUAUCCAGCAGUCUGAGUGUGAGUGAGAGGCCCGGGAAACAGCAGGGGCAGAACCCACGGCCUUCCCAACACGACCGGGUAAUUGUGGCAAAGGUGUUCCUGGGCCGCAGCCUGCCAGCCAGAGAGGGAGACCCCAUAGAACCUGACAGCUACCCAAAAGCCCAUUCUGUGUACCACACCGUUACCAUGGAUACCCACCCUGGUGGAGCACCGAUGGCAGAAAGCUCCUCCAUGCCCCACCCCAGCUGUGAGUGUGGAUUCCAGCAGAAGAAGUGGUUUGUAUUUGAUCACGAACUGGUCCUCCCAGAAUACCUCGUCGACUUUGAGUACAUCACCCAGGACAGACAUUGGACGGCGCUUCCUGAGCUCACGAUGUCAAACCAGGUGAAAGGACCACCUGUCUUUCAGCAGGACAUCGACUUGGAUAGGGACGCCCUCAACAUGGAGCCUGGCCUCCAGCUUCGCCCCAAGAUUAUGACCCUGGAUGAGAAGGCAGCUCUGACAAUGGCCCGGGCCAGCGUGCUGGGCCAGAUUACGAUUCUGAAUCUCCAUGGAAACAGCCUCCGCGAACUGAAGGGGAUCUCACAACUGAUGGCCCUUCGGCAUCUGACUGUCAGUUUCAACGAGUUAACACAUCUGGGUGACCUUUCGCAUAUGCCUAGUCUAGAGUUUGUGGAUGCCAGCUACAACCGUAUUACCACCCUGGAAAGCUUCCGUGGCAUGAAGCAGCUGAGACGGCUGGAUCUGCGCUGGAACAAGCUGACCAGGGUGCGGCCUGAGGCAGCAGGGCUAUGUCAACAUGCCCCCUGUCUGCAAUGCCUCGAUAUAUGUCAUAACCCCUGGCACAAGCCUGGCAUGCUACGCUUGGUGGUGUUAAGCCACCUGAGGACCCUCACACACCUGGAUGGGCAGCUGGUGAGCGAGGAGGAGGUGGCGGCUGCCACGCAGAUGUGCGAGUCCCGGAUUGACCAGGUCUCCAUCCUGGCCCACUCACAGACCGAUACAGAACGACCACGCCGCCUCAGUCUUCUCUCUACGGCCCAACUCCUGACUAAGUCCCACCCGACACCCUGGGACCUCAGUGCUGGGCUGGAAGAGGCCUGGACCUUGAAGAUUACUGCCCUCAACUUGGAUGGCCAAAGGCUCUCUCGACUGGAAAAUCUGGAGGGACUGGUCAACCUUCAGUGGGCCUCCUUCAACAACAAUAAUAUCACCGAUGUAGAAGGCCUGCAGAACUGCCGGCAGCUGAAGGAGCUCUCCCUGGAUGACAAUGACAUUUCCGGACUUGACGGACUGUCACGCCUACAUCAGCUGACGCGUCUCAGCAUGAACAGGAACCGGCUGAGCAGCCUCGACACGAGCAUCUUUGACGAGCUGCCCAACCUGCACUCUCUGUCCAUGGAGAGCAACCUCCUGAGCUCCCUGCGCGGAAUGCAGAGAGCACGCUCUCUCUUUGAAGUGUACCUGGGCAACAAUCGCAUCAGCGCCACCAGAGACAUCUACUACCUGAAGGCCCUGGCCAGCCUUAUAGUUCUGGAUUUGCAAGGGAAUCCCCUGGUGGCAAAACAGGAGAACUACAGGAUGUACGUGGUGUUCCAGCUGCCUUCACUGAAGGCUUUGGAUGGGUUGGCAGUGGAGAUGUCGGAGAGCGAGAGCGCCAAGGACAUUUUCGGGGGACGUCUGACCCCUGACAUGGUGGUUGAGAAGCUGGGUCACGCAAACUACUCCCAAAUCUUAGAACUGGACCUGCAAGGUUCCUCUAUCAGGAUGGUGGACUUGGCUCCCUUCCAUCUUUUCCGUAGCCUGCGCAGCAUCAAUCUCAUGCACAACAACCUCACUUCCUUCAGUGGCCUCAUCUACCUGCCUAAAAUCAAGGUGCUCUACCUGAACUACAAUCGCAUCGAAUCCAUCCUGCCCCAGCACAAGAGCCCAGUCCACCCAAAUGGCCGGCAAACAUUGUAUCACAAGGUCAGCUCCAGUGGCUAUGGGCAGCAGAAUCUAUCAAGAGCUAACAGAGAUGCCAGACUCGCUGAGAACCUGGAGCCUCUGAUGGAGAGCCUGGAGGUGCUGCAUCUGGGUCACAAUGGCAUCUCCAGCCUGGCCAGCCUGCAGCUCAGCAGACUCACUGGCCUGAGAGCCCUCUUCCUCCAAGGCAAUGAGAUCAGCCACGUGGAGGGCCUCGAGGGGCUCCAGCAUCUGCGGGAGCUGGCACUGGAUGGCAAUCGCAUACGGGCCAUGGGACAGAGCUCCUUCAGUGGACAGACCUCGCUGGUGGAGCUACACUUGGCUGAGAACCGGCUGCGGGAGGUCGACCACCUGCAGCCGCUCGUAAAGCUGCGCAGACUCUUCCUGGACGCGAACAAGCUGCAGGACUUGAGCGAGAUCGAAAAGCUGGAGGAACUGCCCUCACUGGUGGAGCUGUCUGUACUGGGUAACCCAGUGGCCAGGAGGACUCGGCACCGACCUGCCGUGCUGGUGCGCCUCACCAGGCUGCAGGUGUUGGACGGCCUGGCAGUUACGCUGGAGGAGAAGGCCUGGGCGGAGAUGCUGCUUAAUGAGACUGAGUGUGGAGUCCCUGGAAGCAUCGCCUUGGAGUCGGAGCAUCCCGGUCAUCUGACCUUACCGUCCCACGGGAGCUCAGCACACACCGGGAUCCUGCAGCACUUCCUGGGCUCAGAUCUCCCACCAUCAGCCUACCUGGAGGACAAGCCGGCACGCGACUCAGCCAAACACAGGAGGAGGCAUAUCUGUGGCCUGGCACCCCCACCCCAGCACAGCAUUCAUCGUAAGCUGGCCCCCCUGCAGCCAAGUGGCCCUCUACAUGUCACCGCUCUUCUCUCAAAAAGACAGCAGGAAUUCCUGCCAUAUGCCAACGUGGAUGGCGGGUUCCAAAAUCACGGUGCUUCCAGACGCACCAUGCAGCACCACUGCAACGGGCAAGGAACGCGGCACACAGGCGCACGUCCUUGAAGACAGGAGCAAGAGUACGCCACCGUGUACAGGUUCACAGCUCCACCAGGGAACGCCGCUUCUCUGCAACAAACUCGAUCUACUUGUGAAUUAAGCUUAAAAAGCUGAACCCUUUAAAAACUCCAUAUGCCAGGGAUCACAUGGCCAGUAAGUUCUAUCCCAAAGACUAACCUACAAAGAUGGCAGGAGUGUGGCUUUAGGGUGAAACAGCCAGUUUUCCAGUCCUUGCAGAGAUGGAAAUGUCAUUAAUUUAAAAACAGAUGCACCUGAAAAACAGCUGAACAGAAGGACUGAUGGAGGUCCAGAGAGCGCAUAAUGCUGCUUUAUAGCAGGAGGAUCUUGGGGCUUCGACUAGAUUCUGAGUAUAAUGCUGUGAUUGGUCAGCAACCAUCAUGCUCAUGGUCACUUGCCCACUGAUGCAGGCCUUGACAGGAAGUGACACAGUGAUGCUUGUUAGGAUCACCUUUUGGUGAUAAUGGAAAUCGUGGAGAAGCAGCUUUGAAUGCUAGCUGACUUUUUUCUUUGAAAAGACUACCAGUGCUACUUCUUCUGUAUUACAAAACCUACACACCACUUGUCCAUAGCAUGGCUUAUUCAACAUUUCUAUGCAGUUGCACUCUUUGGGCACCAGAUGUCAAUAGUGCACCACCUGCCUGUCAAGACCUGAAGAAGUGGCUUAAAUCCCAUAGCCAAUGAGUCCACCUUGAGACCGCUUCUGUAGUGGUGAAUUAUUAAGAAGAUUGAGGGACUGCCAGACAUGGAACAGCACUCAAGACACUGUGAUCCACCUUGGUGUAGGUGUGCUAUGAAUGGCCACUGGCGACGGGUUCCUAAACCCAAAUGUGUCCCCACAAAGCCCUUGCCUUCCUCCAGGAAAAACUCCUGAGAGGCCGCCAGUGUGGGUAAACAGCAGAACCCCUUUCAACACGGAAUGCCAGUUCCUGAAGCUGGCCAAAAGCUCGCUUGCGUGUCAGCCUUCAUCAAUGGGCCUUUAAUGCGCACGAAUCACUUCAUCCAUUAAGGCCCUGAAUGGCCUGACGGCACAUUCGAUUCACUGUGUCUCUACGAAUGGGCGUAGACAAGCUCGACAAGACAGGCAGCGGGAGACAAAGGGCGGGCCUGAUGACGCGGCCCUAAUGCAGAUUAUGGCCUGAAAAACUGAGGAUUCUGGGUACACACACACACACACACAUCACUACAACCCUACACAUACAUUUGGAGGUCCUUCUGUCUGUUGAUCACCAGGAAUUUUUGCAUUUUACGUAGAAUUUGCAUAUGGUCUAUUAAUCAUUCAUGAAGCCAUAUGAGAUUGUGUUCUCUCUCUCUCACUGCCACUCUGGAGCACAUGGUUCAUAGCUAGUUUAAUGGGAUAGAACCUGACAGGUUAGAUUUCCAUCCAUAAGACAUUAAGUCUGGCUUGGAAAAGAGAGGGGAAGAGAAAUCUCUCCCCAUAGGCCUCUCUCAGUUCAUUAUUAAACAUGCUUGGGCCUGUAGUCUCUCUGUUGAGACAACUGCAAGUCCAGGGGAGCAGGAUGUUACUAAAGCCAUGUUUUCUGUACCAUCUACUGGGCUUGCAGUGUGCUUGCAUGUGAACAUGGACGGUGAUCAUUGAGACGCAAACUGAACCUGCCCGAGAAAAAAAAUGAUUCUAAAAAAUAGAAGAAGAAAAAAAACAAUGGACCAAUAGCAAAAAUCUAAACAAAGAAGACAGAGAAAGAGGUCACAUCUCGAUCCUCACCAUACUUCAGAUACUUAAUGUCAUUAAUCUGCCUCAGUCCAAUGGCAGAGAACAGUGGCAGCUAUUAGGUGGCCCAAAGGUUCACAUGACUUGAAGACAGAGUCUGUAACUAUUUUGUCUGUAGCUUCAUGUACACUUGACAUUGAUGUUUCUGUAACUUCUGAGUAAUUACCACAGGGAGCACAGCCUAAUUGUUACAUGUUAUAAUAGAUAAACACAAUAUACUGUAUCGAGUGCCUGUUUCCACAACUCUGAGAAUUCUAUGGACACUGUGAAUUACUGCCGUGAUAAACCUGCUUUUGCAGGGUGCUCGGUGUGAAGUGUGCAAACGAUUUUUUUUUAUA